AUGCCGCAAGGAGAGACAGAACCCCUCCUCCCUCGCUACGACGAAAAUGCCUCACAACAUCGCAGACUGCAGAACAAACUGCGUACCUAUCAGAUGGUCCGCGCCCUUUCUCAGGGGUACAUGCCAUCCAACGAUCAAAUCAUCGUGAAUCUUCGUCGGUUGCUAGCGUCUGACCUGCUCAAUUCGCGACACGAGGAUAUCGGACCUGUCUGUCGUCAGCUAAUCCGGGAUUCCCGUCUUUGGAUCCAGGUGUUGAUCGAUUUUUUACGUGAGAAGAACAGCGAUGAUCAAUUGCAGGAGUUUCUUUGGCAUCUUUCGCGGUCCAGGGCGUCAAUUGAUGUCGGUCGUAUCUCUGAGAGGGCGUCCAGUGCCAAAUCUCGGGCUAAUCCUAGUGCUGCAUACGAGAGCCUCCGCACGGUAGGAAGCCUCUUUCUAGUCAAUGCUGACUUCCGUCUCUUCCUCCAAGAUGUUACCACCGUCGGCCGUCAGAUUUUCUCCGAUACAGCUCUAUCCGUAUCGGAAACGUCACACCAGGUUGGAGAGGAGCUGAAGCCAUCAGAGGCGAGAGCAAAUGCAGUCAAGGGUGCGGGUAAAGACGAGGGUGGCAAACCCUCUUCGGAGGACCUUCGUCAAGAAGCAUCCGAAGUGGCAGAUAUCGCUGGCGAGGGAAUUAGUCGCACUGGUAAACAGGCGAUUGACAAGUCGAAGGAGCAUUUGACGCCACAAACAAAAGAAACUCUGAUCUAUCGGCUGAAACAAGCUGUCUCGGACCUUCGUCAGCAGUCAGACUAUUCGAAUUCGAUCUCUCAGUUGACUCAAUUGGUACGACGGUAUGCCAAGUCCUGUGCUACCGCAGCAGAGGAGGCUUCAACAUCAGCCGAGGAAGAUGUUGGUGCCAAUGCAGACCUGAAACAGGCAAUGCAGCAAUUCUGGACCCUGGCACAGUCAAUUGGCCAUCCAGAAGAAUGGAAGCUAUUGGAGCAAAGGUUCCACGCGGUUGUGAAGCAUGCCAACAAAGACCCCGAGUUUGAGAACCUGAUGAAGGAUUUUGGACACACGUUGCAGGAGAUGCUGACUGACCCCAACUUCUUCGAUUCUGUUAAUGAGAAGAUGGAGGAGCUGAAGACGAAGGCUAAGAACAUCACCUCGAAUACCAGUUUGGGUGAAGAUAUGGUUGCGUUCCUAAUCCAAGUCGACCGGACAAUCCAGUCUGGAUCUGAAGACCCUAUGGUAUCCAAAUUGAGCGAAACGACCACGAAAAUCUACAAAGAUGCUGUUGGCGGGUUAAGCGACAAGAAGAACGAGCUGCCGACCGAUAUUGCCCAGGUUUUCUUUCCGAUCCUGCUACGCUACGUCCAGUACAUUCCCAUUCUGCGUCUGGAGAUGGCUGCACCUGAAUUGGAUCUCCUUGUGGAAAAUCUGAUCUUGGAACCUGGCCGAACAGUCAACUAUUCAUCCUUCCUGCCAUAUCGUGCGCAUAUCACCACUCGCAACGAUAUCGACAUUGUCAAGAAGCACGCCAAACGAACAGCCACGGACCUCAAGACUACAUUUACCGCGACGGUUCUAGGACUUAACAUCAGCUCCUCGGAGUUCGGUUACUGGCUCCGCACCCAUGCAGGUCUAUUCCGUCUUAAAGACGAAGGCGUCGCCAGCUUCUACCUCGACAGUCGCGGAAUCGACAUCUCCUUGGACGUGGAAGUCGGACGAGACCGCUUGGAGCACAUCUUCACUCUCCGCGGCGUCCGUGUUGUGAUCCACAAGCUAGACUACAAGAUUCACCGCAGCAAAUGGAAGUUCCUCCUGUGGUUGACCAAGCCGUUUCUUAAACACUUGGUUCGCCGGGUUCUGGAGAAGAAGAUCGCAGAGCAGAUCGUCACUGCCUCCAACGCCCUGAACCGGGAGCUUGUCUUUGCGCGAGAACGCUUGCGAGCUGCCCGUAUUGCCAACCCGAAGGAUCUGGCGAGUUUUGUUCGUGCUGUCCUAGCGCGCAUGAAGCCCCCGUCGGACAGCGAUGUGGAAGCGGGUCUUGGAGUGGAUGUCGCAGGAAAUGGAAUAUUCCGGGGUAUCUACGCGCCUGGAAGUAUCAUAAAGAAAUGGCAGGAUGAGAAUAGACAUGCGCAGGAGCUUAUUGAAGAGGGAGAUGAGACUCGGGGACUGGGAACAACCUGGCGGAAUGAUAUUUUUGAUGCGAGAGGAAGUCCACUGUAA